GCGCUCAUCUGUUUGUUUGAAAGGCCCGCACAUGAACGCAUUGACGUAGUAUUGAAAUCUGGCCAGGUAACAGUGUUGCUGCGAACAGGCCGAAUUCCCUCCGUUUAGCUGGAGCUCUGUUGGGAUUAUAGAGGAGAACGGUGUGGUUACGAUGCCUGAACCUGCAGAUAUUAACAGUCCCGAGGUGGCGAAGACACCAGGAGGCAGCACUGGUUCGGGGAAGGAUGACGUUGUGGUGAACGGACAUAAGGAAGGAGAGUCCAACCCCUUUGCAGAGUACAUGUGGAUGGAGAACGAGGAAGAGUACAACAGACAGGUGGAAGAGGAGCUUUUGGAGCAGGAGUUUCUGGAGCGCUGUUUCCAGGAAAUGUUGGAAGAGGAGGAUCAGGACUGGUUCAUUCCUGCGAGGGACCUGCCGCCUGGUGUCGGGCAAAUUCAGCAGCAGCUCAGUGGGCUGUCGGUCAAUGACGGAAACGCAGAAGACAUUGCACGCAAGAGCAAUUUGAACCCAGAUGCGAAGGAGUUUGUGCCGGGAGUGAAAUACUAGGGAUCUACCAAAUAUGGGCUCCCUUAUAGAGACUCUAUGUGACCUGCUGAUGGUCAGCGGUCACCCCCGCUCACGUCUCACUUAAAAGUGGGAGGUGUGUGGGGUUGGUGGGGUUGGGUUCCUGGGUGGGGUGGGGGUGGGGGGUGUUGGAUGCUCUUCUAUAAGCUUUUUAUUUUCGUCUGUCUCCAUAUGUAACCUGGGUGCAGGGGUGGGCAGGGUAUUCAGUGUAAAGCUGCCAUUGGACCGCUUCAGAGUGUGACUAGCUAUCCAGGAAGUUGUCUGUGUAUUCAAUCUGAGAGGCAAUGUCUGUCUCCACUAUUGUGAUAGUGACUAGCAGUUUGUUCCUGGACAUUGUUAUAAUUUCCUUUCUUUUUUUCGCUUUUUCUUUUGUUUCCCUUUUUGAAGGGAGUUUAGCAGGGAGAAAACGUGUCGAAGGGGAGGGGAAAAGGGGGCGGGAUGGGGGGUGAAGAGAGAUUGAUGCAGCUGAUCUUUGGCAGGUGGACCAGUACCAGAUGUUUUUGAGAUGAUGGCAGUUGAUUACUUGUGAGGGAUUUCCACACACUUUUUUUUUUCCUCAGUUGAAGUCCUGUCACUGUGCGACUUGCAUUAACAAAAAUGAAGAAAAAAAGUAUAUUGAAAUAAAAAGAGCAGGUUCCCUCUUUGA